CCACCAACCCACCCCCUCCCUAUUUCUCGCCGUCGCGUCCAAGAGCAGAACGCAUCGACCGAUCGGAGAAUCAAUGGCGAUGGUGACGGCCAAGCUCAGCUCCCCGGCCACCGCCCGGCUCGGCCCCGUCCGGUCCGCGCAGCCCGCCCGCCGCGCCUCGCUCGUCCGCGUCCGCGCCUCCGGCGGCUCCUACGCCGACGAGCUCGUCUCCACCGCGAAAACUGUUGCUUCCCCUGGCCGUGGGAUCCUUGCGAUCGACGAGUCAAGUGCAACAUGUGGAAAGAGAUUGGCAUCUAUUGGUUUGGACAACACGGAAGUUAACCGCCAGGCUUACAGGCAGCUUUUGCUGACCACUGCUGGUCUUGGUGAAUAUAUCUCUGGUGCUAUUCUUUUUGAGGAAACUCUCUACCAGUCCACUACAGAUGGCAAGACCUUUGUUGACGUCUUGAAGGACCAGAAUAUCAUGCCUGGUAUCAAGGUUGACAAGGGUUUGGUUCCAUUGCCCGGAUCCAACAAUGAAUCCUGGUGCCAAGGUCUUGAUGGUUUGGCCUCAAGGUGUGCUGAGUACUACAAGCAGGGUGCACGCUUUGCGAAGUGGCGGACUGUUGUUAGCAUCCCUUGUGGUCCUACUGCAUUAGCUGUCAAGGAAGCGGCAUGGGGACUUGCUCGCUAUGCUGCUAUUGCUCAGGACAAUGGUUUAGUGCCAAUUGUGGAGCCAGAGAUCCUUCUUGAUGGUGACCAUGGCAUCGAGAGAACUCUCGAGGUAGCAGAGAAGGUGUGGUCCGAGGUGUUCUUCUACCUGGCCCAAAACAAUGUUCUGUUUGAGGGCAUCCUGCUGAAGCCCAGCAUGGUUACCCCUGGUGCUGAGCACAAGGAGAAGGCUUCUCCAGAAGCCAUUGCGCAGAACACCCUCACAAUGCUGAGGAGGAGAGUACCACCUGCUGUCCCUGGAAUCAUGUUCCUUUCGGGUGGACAGUCCGAACUGGAGGCGACCAUGAACCUGAAUGCGAUGAACCAGUCCGCCAACCCGUGGCACGUGUCCUUCUCCUAUGCCCGGGCCCUACAGAACUCGGUUUUGAAGACGUGGCAGGGGCAGCCCGAGAACAUCGAGGCGGCGCAGAAGGCCCUGCUGGUCCGCGCCAAGGCCAACUCGUUGGCGCAGCUCGGCAGCUACACCGGCGAGGGCGAGAGCGACGAGGCCAAGAAGGGCAUGUUCCAGAAGGGUUACACCUACUGAUGAGGCGGCGGCGGGAUGAUUUAUAUAUGAGAUGCACGUCAUUUUGCGGGGUUUUGUUUUCUUAAUUAUUAUUGGUGUGAAUAACAACCAAUCGCCAGCGUGUUGGUGCCAAGGACUGUUAGCUGUAUUGGCAGUGCGGAAACUCUAGAGUUGCCUGAAGUUAUAUUUAUGAGAACAAACAAUUACUGUAUGCAUACCCUGAGAAAGUUGAUGAUGAGAACAGCUUUGGUUA